AUGGCGGGACGCGGCGGGAUGGAACAGGGGAGGUUGGGAGAGGACCUCGGCCUUGUGGAGGUCGCCAAUCUGGACUUUGAAGCCCGCGUCCCGGUCCCCUUCAGCGUAUUCCCGUCCUCCUACAGGGAAUCUGAGACCCAGACCCAAACCCACACCCACGAAGAGGUUGAGAUCAAGCUCCCCCAGCACGCCGGACGGGAAGGUCAACACUCUUCGUUCCAAGCCCAAGCAACUCUUCCUGCACGUGGAGAGGAUCGCUUCAGAGAAGAAGAGGUCCGUAUCACUCGUAAAGAGGAGCAACACCGCCGUCCCGGCAUCCGCGAAGAGUUUGUUUACCGUGAGGAGCACCGCAGACCUCGUUCGACCUACUCCGAAUCUCACAUCGAGAUCGAUACUGCCACCCGGCCCCACAGCUCGGUAAUUGACGUCGCUGAGAGCGAGUACCGUUCCCGCUUCCAACCCAGCUACCGCAAGGAACACAGCGUCACCGGCACCACCGUUGACGUUCCGCGCUUGGCCCCCGGCUUUAAAACUACCACUAGUACCCACGUCGACGAGUACACCGUCGACGCCCCCCGCUCCGUCCCCGUUUACAAGGAAUCGGUCCAGGUUACCGGUACCACCGUUGACCCCCCUGCUCCUCGCUCUACCUACCACGAGAAGGUAGACAUUGUGGAAGAGAUCGCCGAAGCUCCCCGCUCCAAGGCUCCUAAACAGAAAUCCAAGAUGGGUUACUACGACGAGGACGGCCACUAUCACUCGUUCCGUCAGGGCUUGCACAAGUUGGCUGACCGUGUCGCGCACCCGUUCCACCAUGAAGGCCACGAGCGUGUCGAGGUGAGCGAGGUCCGUGAGGUCCGCCGCGCCGCCAACCCUGCGCCCCCCAACACGGUGACAAUCCCCUGCCACCAUAUUCGCCUGGGCGACAUCCUCAUCCUCCAGGGCCGCCCAUGCCAGGUCAUCCGCAUCUCGACCUCGGCUGCCACCGGCCAGCACCGCUACCUCGGCGUCGACCUGUUCACCAAGCAGCUCCACGAGGAAUCGUCGUUCGUGUCGAACCCGGCUCCUAGCGUGGUGGUCCAGACCAUGCUCGGCCCUGUCUUCAAGCAGUACCGCGUUCUGGACAUGCAGGACGGCACCAUCGUCGCCAUGACAGAGACUGGUGACGUCAAGCAGAACCUGCCCGUCAUCGACCAGAGCAACCUCUGGACCCGCCUCCAGAAGGCGUUUGAGACUGGCCGCGGCAGCGUCCGUGUCCUGGUCGUCACCGACCACGGCCGCGAGAUGGCUGUCGACAUGAAGGUCGUCCACGGCUCGCGCCUCUAA